CGCGGGCAUCUUUCCAGACCACAUGUGUUUCCGUGCUUCAUGAAGCCUUUUGUUGCGCUUGCCUGUGAAGCUGGCUGGCAGGGGCCAGGGCCAUCAUGGAAGUGGAGGUGAAACCAGCAUCAGCAGAAGAACUGGAGGCCUUCGUUGGCCAGAACAGGCGAUGGCUGCCCGAUGAUGCCGAGAAGGUUCUUCGGGGCAUGAGUGGCUUGGAUCAGCGACGGGUCAUCAGCGCCGGCACAAUGUCCAGUGUUCAGAACCCCAUUGCAGUGAUCCAGGCGCGUGUGAGGAAGGCGAAAGAGCUCGAGGCAGCGGUAAGCCGAAGUGGGGGAAAGGUACCAGCCGUCCUGCUUGGAUUGGAGAGCAAACUUGUGAAGCCAGCCACUGCAGAGGACUUGGAGGCCUUUAUCAAAACCAAUGAUCGGUGGUUGGGUGACGAGGCUGUGCAGACAUUACGGGCAAUGAGUGCAGUCGACCAACGACGGGUCAUUUCUGCUGGUACCAUGUCAGGCUGCCGAGAUCCAGUUGCAGUGAUCCAAACACGUGCCAAGAAGGCAAGAGAGAUGGAAAUGGAGCUGGAGAACUUGGCUGCGGGAAAAGGGCCUCUUCUAAAAAAGGAGAAGCCUCCGCAAGCAGCGACACCAAGCUUUGACGAGGAAGCCGCUGCCAUGCAUCUCUAUGCCCCACCAGAGGAGGUAUCAGCAAAGGAGUCCAGAUUUGCACCACAAUGUAAAGUGGAUGACUCAGACUCAGCACUCGUCGGAGAGGUUCCUGGCGUGGGAGGCGUGGUCGAGAUCCUCAAAGCAAAGUACGGGUGUUCUAAGGGUCAGAGGAUCCGGGUCAUUGGGGAGACGCAGUCCCUGCUGCAAUUCGAGGGUGGAAAGACCGCUCCAAUCAACCAUGAGGGAAGUGGUUGGAAAUGGGUGAUUCGUGAAGAGGAGGAGGUGAAACAGUCUGCAGCAGAGGCGCAAAUGGCUGCCUUGAAGCAAGCUGCUGCAAUGCAGCUGGCGCAGGUGGAAGCGCAGAAGGCAGCGGAGCUAGCGCGUGCACAAGCAGAAGCAAAGGCAUAUGCCGCGGCGCGGGAGGCGGCCCUCCAAUCCAAGGACCGCAAAGGAAGUGAGAGACCCCGGAGUUCUCACAGCAGUGGCUCUGCCUGUAAUGAGGAGAAAGCCAGGAAGAUGAAGCAAUUGAAGGCCAAAAAACGACUGAACCCAACGACGUCCAGUUCCAGUUCCAACUCCAGCUCAAUCCAGAAGGCGAAGAAGAAGAAGAAGAAGGAGGCCAUGGCCAAGGUGAAAAAGGACAGCAAGAAGAAGAGAAGUAUAAGCACAAAAGCAUCUGGAAGCAACCCCAAGUUGAGGAAGAGUGAGACUCGGACCGUGAAAAGGACCUUGAGCAAAGAGAAGUCCGGCAAGAAGAAGCGAAAGAAGCGGAAAAGCCAAGUCUCAUCGAGCAGCGUCUCAUCUCCAUGUGUGGCGAGUCAAAGCCCCUUUUGAAUGUGAAUGGGCUCGCUGAAUGGCUGCUGGGCCCCAAACAAGAGGCCUCGAACUCUACAGCCAUGUAUUUCUCGAAGUCAGACUGCCCAGGUUCGACUGCCACAGAUGUCACGCAGGUGGACACUUGAACAGCAAUCAGGUCAGCCUCUACCAAGCAUGUUGUGAUCUGCCCAAAACAUGGGAGGCAAUUCGGCAAUGUGCAGGCCCAGCAACCAUGCAGAGCGGACAUUCUUGUUCACAUCGCUGAAAGACCCCAAAGGUUAUUUAUAAUAGUAGAUUAAUUUGGUGCUUCCUGACUAGAGAUGCAACAGGAAAAAAUAUGCAACCGUGGCACUUCAGAGCCAUGAUUCUUGAUUACUGAAUUCCGCAUACGGCUGCCGCCGAUGAUUUGCUGGACAGGCAGGCUCCGAACCUCAUGCUUUCCUUGUCCCUCUUCACACCUGUCUAAAAAGCUGUUCAACAUUAUUUGCAAGCAAUUCUGAAAUUCUUGCGAGCCCCAACUGGCUCAUCACUCAGUCGGGUCGCAAUUUACUACAAUUAGAAGUAUGACCAGGGCCA